CCAGAUUUCUGGGUUCUUAUAGAAGUAGAUAAUACUUUUCAAGAGAUACUUUAUGAAGAAAACUCUGGUGGUCCUUUUGUUAAUGACCCUAAAAAAUUUAAGUCUGAUUUAUAUAAGCUGUUCCGACUGGGACGUGAUUCAACCCAAAAAAUGGGAGUUCAACUUAUUGAUGAUAAUCUUCAAUUUUUAUCAGAUUAUGAAUCCUUGUACGAAAAGUUAUGUAAAAUUGAGCUAUUUCUAAUGCAGGCAUAUGGAACAAAUCUUCGUAUUUGUAUUAUGGACCAACCUGCUCCUCCAUUGUGUCGUGUUCGUGAACUUUUCAAUAUUCCAAUACCUUAUAAAUUACCCGUAGACAGAAUUUCUGUUUUGUAUUUUGUUCACAAUCUUUGGAAAGUUCAUUUAGGUUUUAUAGAAACAAUAGAAAAAAUGUGUAAUGUAGAUCAAAUUAUAAAUAGAUCACGUCAAGAACCAACAAUUCAACAUGUGUAUGAUUUACCGACAUUAACUAUUCAAGAUUUUACAUCUUUCCCAACUCCAUAG